UUGGAGGAAUACCUUUGCCAUAACCAGACUCCCAUUAAAAAUGUUGGAUUUUAAUCAGGCAGGAAGCUGAACAGCCAUGGUAAAGUGUGUGUGGACAGGAGGGGACACUCCUGAGCAGAAGAGGUGGCAGUGGAGAGGGAUAACAGCUCACAAAACGCUGGUUAUGUCUGGGUUAAUGUUUACCCUGAGGACGAGCAGCUCAUGGCCCUGCCACCGCCUGUUGAGGCUGAGCAGUCUGCUGCUGCCUCCGCUCUCCAGGAACCACUCGGCUAAUAUGUCGUCAGACUCCCACUGGCUCUCCCCGGCAGACCGGGAUCAGCAGGUGAUGGAUCUCAGGGCCACAGGGUGGGUGGAGGUGGAGGACCGCGAUGCCAUCUUCAAAGAGCUUCACUUCAAAACCUUUAAUCAGGCAUUUGGCUUCAUGUCACGAGUGGCUCUGCUGGCGGAGAAGAUGAACCAUCACCCAGAAUGGUUCAACGUUUAUAAUAAGGUCCAGAUUACGUUGACUACACAUGACUGUGGAGGACUGUCAAAACGGGACAUCAAAAUGGCCAAGUUUAUUGACAAAAUUGCACUUUCAAUGUAAAAGUUUAAGUGUUAAAUCAGAAGUCCACCUUGUUUCUCUGCUUUCAGUCACACCUCUGCUCAGUCAAAGAAUUAUUCCUCAUAUUGAUCCACAGACCUCUGGUUGAUCUUAAAUAAAAUCUGUAACAGAGUUUCUAUUUUUGUGUUUUUAUGUUGUUUGCAGCACAUUUUGUACAAGCUUUCUGCAAGAAUAAAACUUUGAUUUUGUGAA